UCCCGCCCCGCCGCGUCGCCGCCGCCGCCACCUCCGUCCCGCCCUCCCUCCUCGGGGCAUCGCGCGGCGCGCUCCUGCGGUUCCCACCCCGUCCGCCGAGCCUCGAGGUACGAGCUAGGUCGUCUCCGUCCGGCGAUCCUCCUGCUCAAAUCCCUUCCCGGAUGCGCGCAGUCUAGGUCCCCAUGCUCCUGUGGCGCCGCAAAUGCGUCGCCGAGUGCCGCAGGCACGCCCGCCUCCCUCCCGCGGCGCAGCCAUCCCCAUCCCCUCGCCGCCGCCGCCGCCUCUCCGUGCUCGCCGCCUGUGCGCACCACCCGGACGAUGAAGCCACCUCGAGCGGCGAGGAGAGGCCCAGCUGCGCCCCCCUCGGCGAGGUUUUCCGAAGAAGGGGCUGCGCUCCCGGUGAGAUUACCAGGAGAAGGAGCUUUGCUCCGAGCCUGAGCUCCGCCGGCGUCGUCAGGACUCUUCAGCGCCUGGAGAGGAAGCCUGCCAUCGCGUUCGCCUACUUCAAGGACACCGAGAGCAUCGGCUUUCGCCAUGACCUCGCUACCUACACUGAGAUCAUCCGCGUUCUGUCACACAAGGGCCAGGGGAGGAUGCUGUUUUCCUUGUUCCGUGAGAUCCUCUCGCCGGCAGAUGGCGGUGGCGGCGGCCCUGAGAUCGUGCCUCUCAUGGAUCAGCUCAGAAAGACGUGCACUACUUCGUAUGCUCUCUUGUUUGCGACUAAUUGCUUGAUCACGACAUGCACCGCUUGUUGCAGUGCACCGGACACAAUAGGGCUGUUUGGUGACCUCUUUAGGCUUGGAAUUGUCCCGGCAGUUUUGACUUGCAACAUACUACUCAAAUUUGCAGCUGAGAGCGGUGACUCGGAGAUUGUUGUAUUGGCUUAUGAUCAAAUUAAGCUCUUUGGAUUGACUUUGGAUGCUCACGCAUUAGGCCUUAUCACCAGGUCUCUCUUUCGAGAAAAGAAGGCAGACAAAGCAUUCCAAGUGUGGGUUGAGAUGAUUGAAAUGGGGGUGAAACCAGAUAUACAUGCAUACUCAUCAUUUAUAACCGGUCUGUGUGAUUGCGGAAAGAUUGAUUUGGCCUAUGCUAUUCUGCAAGAGAUCAGCAGGGAGGGGGUUCAAGUUGAGCCCAUGGCUUAUAACAUGGUAAUGGAUGGGCUGUGCAAGGAAAUGAGACUGCAGGAGGUUGAAAUGCUCUUGGAGAACAAGGCGAGGCAAGGUUUCACCCCAGAUAUAUAUGGUUAUAGCUAUCUCAUUCGGAGUUACGGCAAAGCGGGCAACUUACUCAAGGUGUUGGAUCAUUAUCAAGCCAUGGUAUCCCAUGGUUUCGAAACAAAUUGCCACAUUGCGAGUUACCUUCUACAAUGCUUUACGAAGUUAGGCAUGACAUCUGAGGUUACAGAGCAUUUCCAGAAACUGAGAGAUUCGGGACUCCAUGUAGAUGGGGUUCUGUAUAACAUUGCCAUUUAUGCUCAUUGCAAGCUUGGGAACAUGGAUGAGGCAGUUAAGCUACUGAGAGAAAUGAAGGCUGAGGAUCUGACACCUGACAGAAUUCACUAUACAUGCGUGAUCAAGGGUUAUUGUUUGAGGGGAGAUGUACCAAAUGCACGUCAAGCGUUUGAAGUGAUGCUGAAGGCAAAUGUAAAGCCAGAUGUAGUUACAUAUAACAUAUUGGCCAGUGGGUUUUGCAAGAAUGGUCUUGUUACAGAGGUGUUUGGCCUUCUAGACCAUAUGGCGGAUCAAGGGUUAGAGCCUAAUUCACUCACUUAUGGUAUAAUAAUUGAUGGGUUUUGCAGAAGUGGCAACCUUAGUGAAGCUGAGGUGUUAUUUAAUAUAGUAGAAGAGAAAGGAAUCGAUCGCAUUGAAGUAUUGUACAGUUCAAUGGUUCGUGGCUAUUUGCAUUCAGGCUGGACUGAUCAUGCUUACAUGCUUUUUCUUAGGGUUGCUAAGCAAGGAAAAUUUGUGGAUCAUUUCUCAUGUUCAAAGUUGAUGAAUGACCUUUGUAGGGAUGGAAAUGUCCAGGGAGCUUCAACAGUUUGCAGCAUGAUGUUAGAAAAUAAUGUUAUUCCUGAUGUAAUUUCAUAUAGCAAACUCAUAUCAGCCUAUUGUCAGACAGGAGAUAUGCACAAUGCUUGCUUAUGGUUUCAUGAUAUGGUUCAGCGAGGACGUUCUGUUGAUGUUAUUGUAUACACUGUACUAAUGAAUGGUUACUGCAAGGUUGGCCAGAUGGAAGAAGCUUGCAAAUUGUUUGAUCAGAUGAUAAACUUAGGUAUUAAGCCUGACGUAAUUGCAUAUACCGUGCUACUGGAUGGUCACCUAAAAGAGUACCUGCAGCGGUGCUGGCAGGGCGUGAGUAAGGAGAGAAGGACCUAUCUUCUUAGAGUAAAGCAGAACAGGUUGCUCAGCUCUAUGAAAAAAAUGGAAAUUGAACCUGACGUACCCUUUUACACCGUAUUGAUAGAUGGGCAGUGCAAAGCCGAUUUUUUGGAGGAAGCCCAGGGACGAUUUGCUGAAUUGUUGCAGAAAGGGCUUACUCCUGAUCAAUAUGUAUACACAGCUCUUAUAAGUGGAUAUUGCAGCCAGGGAGAAAUAGAGAAGGCACAAUAUCUUUUUGAAGAAAUGGUAGACAGGGGAAUAAAACCAGAUGUACUGACCUUUUCUGUAUUAAAUCAGAAAACCUUGAGGGAAAGGCAGUAUGAGUGACAUGUAUGAUUUUGCUGCAGUUAUAUCCAUUGAAAUCACGUCAGCGAGGUAAUAUUUUGUAAGUCACAAAUUUACUGAAAGCCCGGAUCUAAGAUUUUUUAUUUUGCUUCCACUUGAAUAUGUGAUGAAAUUAUGAUUAUGAUAUCCAUUCAUGUGCUUAGUGCUUAAUGUUUUGAUGUGUAAUGCUCUUAGCAUGCAUUAUGUUUAUGCAAGCUCAUGAGAAUUUAGGUGCCUUACAGUAUACAUGUCGAAGUGAAAUGCAUAAUUUUCAGAAGCAUACUUGUUUAAAAAUCGUUCCAAGAUAUGCCAUACAGAAGAUGCUGGCGAAGUAUAGAAUCUAGUAUUUGUUAGAAAGUGAAUGACAAACUUCACCACACGGGAGAGCAUAAUGCAUGACUUCAUUAGUGUAUGAAACUGCUUGUGUAUAUAAACACAUAAAUGUAUCAGGGAAAUUUGGCAUCCGUGUGCACCCCCAACGUUUUUCCCUUGGUAAUAUUGAAAUGAAAGCCAAAUUGUUCAAUAGAUAGCCAUUGUUAUCUACAUUAAGCUAAUUGCAGUGAUCAAAGUAUUACUGCUUAUAAACCCAGAUGUUUGAGGCUUCCUUACCAUGUGCUCUGUUGCGUCAAACUGGAGUUUUGCUGUAUUGGACUUCAUGCUUGUACUGUAAAUCCUUGCCUCUAAGCUAAUUUGACUUAUACUUUAAAUCCUCGCCCUGGUCUGUUAACCUGGUGUUUUUAGUUGGGGAUAUUUACAAAGGUCACCAAAACGAAUUAUUUCUGCUGAAAAGAUGGUAAGUUCUUCCCUGUUUGGUUCCACUCGCAUAUCAAGGACUGAGUGUUUCGAUUGCUGGUAAAGCAAGCCGUAGAGCUUGUGGUGGCUCCGGAAGUCUUGGAUGCGGCUGACUAGAAGCAUUCCUUGUGGAGGCUCCAGAAGUCGGAGGCUCCGGAAGUCUUGGUGCAAGGUAGAACUAAAGUUUGGCUGCAAAACUACACGAGACAGAUCAGUCAUAAUGUGGCCAAGUUCAAAUUUGCUCUCCACACACCUACUUCUGUGUUGGGCCUUGCAAUUGGCCCAUAUAUAAGCUGCAGUGGGAAGGAUGCUACUGGUGAGGAAGUAACCAAGCAUUAUACUCCGACUACACUGGAUUCUGAUAUUGGAUGCUUUGAACUUGUUAUAAAGGUAACUUAUCGUAAACACGUUCGAACCUCACUGCAUGUAUCUUAUCGUUGAUUCUGAUGGUAAAAAGACUAUGUGACCACUUGACUAGAAUAAUUUGCUUCAUUGUACACCACAUUAUUAAUUCACUUCUGAAGGUAUGCUGCAGCCAAAUAGUUCUUUCAGAACAUGACCAACCAUCCACACUUAUGAGCUGUUAUAUUGUGUUAACUGCUGUGUUAUGAUUCGACCAACCAAAUUCGGUUGCCAUGAAAAGCAGUGCACUGAUUUUAAAUACUACUCCAUCUAGUACCGUAUAAACGGUUCAUAGAAUUGUCCAUUGGAUGGCACAGUAUGUACAAUUUUUAGCUGCAGCUGUCAUGGUUGCCUUAUCCAACAUUAGUAUGUUAGCCUGUUAUAUACUCCCUCUGUUCCUAAAUAUAAGUCUUUGUAGAGAUUUUACUAUGAACCACAUGCGGAUGUAUGUAGAUGCAUUUUAGAGUAUAGAUUCACUCAUUUUGCUCCGUACGUGGUCCACAGUGAAAUCUCUCCAAAGACUUAUAUUUAGGAACGGAGGGAGUAGUAAAAUUUGCAUGUGACUGAAAUUUUCAGGUGAGCUCCUCCUGUUCUUAUCAUCAUUAGGCUAAUUAAUUAAAAGUUAGAAUGGUAAUAAUAUGAUUAUUGCUUUGUUGCAUGUCCAUUGCCAAAUGCUAACUAUGGUUCUGUGCAUGUAUUUUAUUUUCAUCAGGAGGUUUCUAACUAGUGGAACCUAUAGCACUAUUAAUAUCAGUAGCCUGCUUAAGGAUUGACCGGAUAUUUAUGAGUAAUUAUUGAUUAGCAAAUUUCCUUUGAAUAUUCAAACUGCCAUAAAAUCUCCUUCAUUACUUGGUAAUGACUAUUAUCCUUCUUCCUUGCACUUGGCAAUAUAUGUGUCUUCUAAUAGACAUUUCAAUCCGUCUCAUAAAAGGUAUUGUUUUGCCCCUUUGGUUACAUAACAUCUUAAGCUUUUCCAUUGAUUUAUGGAAAUCGUUUCUUUUCAACCGGAUGAAAACACGAUCGCGUAAACCGCUCACUCCAAGCGCCACGCGUCCAGGUGGGGCCCGCCCACACCCAGCCUUAUCUUCUCGUCUCUUCCUUCCAACUGGAUCGAUACCCUUCUUUUCUUUUUCUCUUCCCCGCCGCUCGCUCGCCCUCAGCUCUCGCCGCCAUGGACACGCGACGCUGCGAAGCUCCAAAUCGGCGGUGCCUCCAAGCUCCACACGCGCUACUGGUCCCCCAAGCUGCACCACGAUGCUGCCCAAGCCCAUGCGCCGGUGCUGUGUUGUAGCGCCCGUCGUUGACGCGGCGGUGGUGGGGGUCGGCGAUGGCUGCCGGCGCUGCGACGCAAUGCUCAUCGGCGCUGCCAGUGCUGCUGUGCAGCAUUCGACCCGCUGCAUGAGAGGCACAGGGCGUGGCGAUGCAGCUCUCUUCGGUGCUGCAGGAGCUGCGAUGCGGCGCUCGUCAGGGGCUGCAAAGGAGCUUCAUCGGGGUGCCGUCGGUGCUGCAAUGAAGCGUGCCCCGGCGCUGCAAUGGAGCGCCGUCGGGAUCAUUAGGCUGCAAUGGAGCUCUGCCGGUGCUGCAUUGGAGCGCCGUUGAUGCUGCAAUGGAGCUUCGUCGGCGGGCAUGGACAGCAGCGGGAGCUCCCGGUGUUGCACCAGAUUGGUGGAGGGAGGAAUGAGUCGACUGAUCCAACGGAUGUGGAACAGGUGAUCAGACGGCUGUCAACCCGGCUGAUUUCUCCCAGUUGAUUUGUAGCAGCGCCCUUGGUUUAUUGGUCUUACUUUGCUUGUUGACGUUACUGCUGGAGAUGAUGAAGCCGGAAAUGAGGACAUACAUGAUCACUUCGUGCGGUGUCUUGUGAAGUCGAUCUGUAGUCCGGUGUUUCGUGGAAUUGUUUCUGUUACUAUGCUUGGACCUGUCAGUGUAUCAGUACCUUGUGGAUUAAUAAUUUUGAUUUAUGUCUCAGCAA